UCAAAAGGUUAAGUUAAUUUAUCCGGAGGGAGUUGGAUAAAAUAAGAGACAAUGCGUUUAUUACGAGUUGUGAAGUGGUGCCUACUGUUAGGUUUACUAGAUAACUGUAGCGGCAGCCCUGUCGAAAGUUUGACUGUGGAAGACAAGGCCAUGGGAAAUUCAGCACAAAUAGAAUUUCCAGCGUUCUGUGUUCUCACCGAAGGCCGGUUUCUCCAGCGAUUUGACGGAGCUACCCGAACUUUACCGACGGUUGGUGGGGAGACCGUCACGAGCCUUUGUUCAGAUCCCAACCAGUUUCACGUGACUGUAACGAUAACGGGAUCCUACGAGAACAAAACCGCUCAUCUAUUCCUGACGGUCAAGGACGGUACCAGGGUAGUCAAAGCAAACUUGAGGCAGCAACAGGACUUCCAGUACAAUUCUUACAACGAUGGAGGCUAUGACUGUCUCUCCAUGGCUGGCGUACAGACUGUAGUACGGAAUUUCGGCGAAUCACUGGUUAUAGAAACAGGGUUUGCGUCCAUUAUCGUGAACAGGGACCUGAAACUUGAGACUUACAUGGUGCAGAAUCCCCGAUCUCCGCUGUGCGGCACGUGCGGCUACGUGCCAGACAUGAGCGAGGUCUGCUCUAAGCAAGUUCUUAUCCUCGAGCCAAUGUCUGCCGGUUUGAAGGAUGAUGGGAACGAGGCAGUGAAUUCCGGUAACGACAAAGAGGCCGAUGAUCACUUGGUACAUUGGUCGUAUGACAUGCACGGAGAAGGAGGUCCCGAUCACUGGUCUCAGCUGGAUGCGGAAAAAGUCGCUUGUGAUGUGACUCGUUCCUUUUCCCGCCAGUCUCCUAUCAAUAUCGAAACCGGAACCACAAAGUUGGACCCGGCUGCACCCGUACCGCAUUACACCAUCACCAAUCCAUACGCGCAAGGCAAAUUGGUGAAUUCCGGCCACGCCCCCUCUUUGACGCCUGUGAACGCCUCCUAUAUCCUGAAAAACGUUCCGUAUAGCCUUGAAGAAUACACUCUGCUAGGACUGCGCAUACACUUCGGACCAAAUAGCAAUUCCGGCUCGGAACAUACGGUGAACGGAAAGACCUACUCAGGGGAGAUUCAUUUCGUGAACUACAACACACGGUACGGUGGACUCCGAGAGGCCUUGAAACACUCUGACGGAUUGGCUGUCAUUGGCGUUUUCCUGGAGGUUUCGGAUGGACCUCCCGGUGCCAGCAACAACGAGGAAUUGUCAAGAGUCCUGGAUCAUCUGGACGCCAUCAGCAACAAGGACAAUGAAGCAUUCCUGCCUGUGGAUAUGUCAAAAAUCCUUCCAACGGAAUCGGACCUCAGCUCUUACUACACAUACGAUGGCUCCCUGACCACCCCCGGGUGUGACGAAAUCGUACGAUGGAUCGUCCUGUCCCGUCCCUGGGGAAUGACUGAACGUCAGUUGAGCGCGUUACGUUUGCUGCGGACGGGCGGAAACGAGUCCGAGCCGAUGGCUGUCCACGGAAACUACCGACCAGUGGCGCCACUGAAUCGACGAACGAUCAUCAGGAGAGAACCGGGACUUCACACGGAACCUUUGGUGCCAGGAGAACCGGGGCUUUACAUGGAACCUUUGGUGCCAGGUAGGAGGAUGUGA